AUGGGUAAAUACAACCUUACAGCCCUUCGGGUCCGCCAGACCGCGCUCAACCAAUUCGCCAGUGGAAAGAUCAACAAGCUGCCACAAUGGGUCGAUGUUAUUGGCGAAAUCCCUCCUUCCGAAACAUUGAUUCGAAACCGCCCCCCGCAGCAUCAGCUGGUCCGACAGCGCAUGAAGAACGUCCCGGGAUCCUCAAAGCCGCAGGUCGUGUUUGAGGUCCAGGAGAAACGCCGGAAGCCCAAGAAGCCCAGCCGUCUCUUCCAGCCAGUUGAAUUAAAGUAUGAGGAGGAUCAACUGCGCAAAGAGUUCUUCCGUGACCACCCUUGGGAACUGGCCCGGCCUCGCGUGCUCCUCGAGAGCACCGGUAAAGACCACGAACACUAUGAUUGGAGCCGCAUCGAGCAACCAGGCAAGCGAUUGGAUGGUGAAAGUGUGGUUCAGCGACAGCUUUGGCUCCUGAACAACGUUCCUGACAUGACCAAGAGCAAUGCUUAUGAUAUUGCCCGCCGAGAGUUCUACAAAAUACGUCUGCAGGAGGAUAUUGAGCGACGAGUUGCGGCCGAGGAGGCGGAAGCCACAGGCGCCACCUUUGGCCCGUCAUACUUGGAGAUCGGUAUGCAGCUUGAGAACCAGCAGUACGAGAAAUGGAAGGGAUGGGCUCGUACCGAAGCACAGCUUUUUGAGCAGCGUUCUGCCGCGAUGUCUGGCGCGCCGGAAAUCGCGCUGGAGCAGCAGGGAGAGAAGGAGGAGGCCUUUUCCGAAGAGCCCGCCUCGUCUUCGUAG